GUAGGUGAGACCCUGAAGAAAAAAUGGCUGUGGCUUCAAAAAUGCAAGCUGAUCUUUGCCUUGGGGAAAGGCUCUAGGGCGGCAGAUAAGGCUGUUGCCAUGGUGAUGAAGGAGAUACCGAGGGAGGAGUCUCCGGAGGAAAAACCCCUCCUUACUAUGAAAUCACAGCUUGUGAAUGAGCAACAAGAAAGCAGACCACUCCUGAGUCCUUCUAUAGAUGACUUUCUUUGCGAAACCAAAUCAGAAGCUAUUGCACGACCUGUGACCUCAAAUACUGCAGUUCUGUCAACAGGGUUAGAUCUCCUUGACCUCAGUGAACCUGUUUCCCAAACUCAAAGCAAAGUGAAAAAGCGGGAGAAUUCCUCAAGAAGGGACAGCUUGAAGGGGUCAACCCACAGAAGGAAGACAGACAAACUGGAUCUUACCUGUGUGGAUGCCGAGCAGAAAAUCCAACCACUCAAGGGUCCAGAGAAAUCAUUGGAUUUAGUCAAUAUUCAGACACAACUAGAAAAAUGGGAUGAAGUCAAGCAUCAUGGAGAAAGAGCCAGCAAAGGUUCUCCAGCCCCUGAGGGAAAAUCAUCAUCUUCUAAAACUCCACCAAAAGAAUUUGUGUGGUCGGCAGAAAACAGGUCCCAGCCUGAACUGGCCGCUGUUAAAACCACAGCGGAAUCUAUUUCAGCCACAGAUUUAGAAUUAGCCCCUGCACCAAAGGCCCGGUCAACCAAAGAGCAACGCUGGGGAGGAGCACUCCUAUCCCGAAAUCAUUCCUUGGAAGAGGAAUUUGAACGAGCUAAAGCUGCUGUUGAGUCAGACACAGAGUUUUGGGACAAGAUGCAGGCAGAGUGGGAAGAAAUGGCUCGCAGAAAGUGGAUUUCAGAAAGCCAAGAAGCACGAGGACAAGCGGCAGUCUCCAUUAAUGAGAAGGGCUAUUACUUUCACACUGAAAACCCCUUCAAGGAUUGGCCUGGUGCUUUUGAAGAGGGACUAAAAAAACUGAAAGAAGGACACCUGCCCCUCACCAUCCUAUACUUGGAGGCAGCUAUUCUCCAAGAUCCACAUGAUGCCGAGGCCUGGCAGUUUCUUGGAAUAACACAAGCAGAGAAUGAAAAUGAGCAAGGCGCCAUAGUUGCCCUCCAACGGUGCUUAGAGCUUCAGCCAAACAACUUGAAAGCCCUCAUGGCCUUAGCCGUGAGCUUCACAAACACUGGCCACCAGCAGGAGGCCUGUGAAGUCCUAAGAAGCUGGAUCAAGCAGAAUCCCAAGUACAGAUUCAUCUUCCGAAGCAAGAAAGGGUCUCCGGCACUGCCCAGGCGGAUGUCAAAGGCAGCUGAUGAAAGUUCACUGCUGGAAGAAGUGAAGGAGUUAUAUCUGGAAGGAGCUCAUCAUAACAGUGAAUUGAUCGACCCAGACUUGCAAACAGGACUUGGGGUGCUCUUUCAUCUGAAUGGGGAAUUUAACAGAGCAAUAGAUGCAUUUAGCGCUGCCCUCACUGUGCGCCCAGAGGAUUAUUCCUUGUGGAACCGUCUAGGCGCAACCUUAGCAAAUGGUGAUCGAAGUGAAGAAGCCGUAGAAGCCUACACUCGAGCUUUAGAAAUCCAACCUGGCUUCAUCAGGUCCCGGUACAAUUUAGGAAUCAGCUGCAUCAACCUGGGGGCAUAUAGAGAGGCGGUGAGCAAUUUCCUCACAGCUCUCAAUCUCCAACGAAAAAGUCGGAAUCAACAGCAGGUAUCUCAUCCGGUAAUUUCAGGUAAUAUUUGGGCUGCUCUCCGGAUUGCAUUGUCUAUGAUGGACCAGCCAGAACUUUUCCAGGCUGCUAAUGUGGGUGACCUGGAUGUGCUCUUAAAAGCUUUCAACAUCAAGUCUUAACUACACUCACUCC